AUGGCCGUUCCGCCCGAGGAUAAAGGCGGCGGCUCGAACGCCUAUGAUUCAGAAUGUCGGGACGCCGUAUUUUCUCUAGAAAGCCGCUUGCUCGACGAGCCGCGCAGCGCUCGCUCGGCCUCCGAGUGCCGUCUUCCACGUUAUCCGGAGGAACGUUUGCCGAGGCGUGACCCUCUUGACGGGGCGAAACUGUGGGAAAGCCGUUUUCCUGAGCACGAAGAGCGGGUUUCGCGACGUCACUGUCGUCGCCACUCCUCUCCUGACCGCAAGGCAAAGAAGUGUCUUCACUCUCCACGAAGGAGAGAGCGUUCUCAGCAGCGCGAAUGGGACAUCUUGGGUGCGGACUGGACGCCCUACUCGUCUGACUCGGACUCGUGUGACGACGCGGUUGUGUGCACGCGGCGCUGCCACCAGCAUCGUGCAUUCACGCGGUUUUCGAAGGAGAAGGAGCAGGAGCGACUUCGAAACGCGCAGGUGCUGCGUCCGCCGCUGUCGCGCAUUCCAAUCGUUCGCGAGCCGCUGACAAUCACGCCGGACGAGUUCAAUCCCCUGCGUCGCGAACAAGGUCGCUUGGUGCGUCAUCUCUGGCAUCACGCCCACCACGCAGUUGAACAUCCGGAUACGACGCCGCCUUUUCUAUGGAAGCCGCAAGCUACGUCACGCGGUCAGCGAACGCCGUUGCGCAAGCGCAGGGGAUCUCCCCGUCCUCCGCGACCGCGGCGCGCACACCCGCUCACGUCCUCGAGUCUGCCGUGCUCGCAGUCUCAACGGACACCAAGAUCGAAUUCCCGCGAGGCUGUGCGGAGGGGGCGUGCGCCGGCAGUGCACAGAACUGGCCGGUCAUGCUCGAGACUGGAUAGCGAACCCCGAGGAGGAGAGGAAAGCAGUCGUAUCAAGACAGUGAGUGUGGGUCGUUCCACCAGCCCCGGCUAUUUGCCACGGUACGCCAACUAUGGGAUUGAUGCGCCAGGCUAUCAGACACUACACAAGGGCGAACUGGAGGACACGGGCAUGACGUACACCAAGCAGUACGAGCUUCCAACCAUCUCGCGCUUCCUCAAAGCGAAACACCCCAUUUUCCUUCGGGCCCGAAGUGGCUCUACCACGAGACGCACCGUCUCCGUCUCGUCUGAAAGUUCAAGCGAGUCGGAGGGGGGAGACCAAGAAAAGCCCCCCCAGGCGCCCCCACCCCCUCGCCCUCCCCGCCCAGCACCACUCCCUGCCAAGGUCGUGCACGAGGAACCGCCUGCCGUGAAAAAAGAGGUACCGCGCCGCGAGGAAGAACCUGUGAAGAAGCCGGCGCCGGCGAAGGAGGCGCCGCCGCCUCUUGCGCGUCCUCCUGGCCGCCCUAUUGCAUGCGUCCCAGCAGUCAUCCCUACCUUUGCUAUUCCAGUUGCGUGGCAGCCCAGCGCAGUCGGUCAACCCGUUAUCCUGACGCCCCCCGGCCCACUGCGGUCUCCAGUCAUGCUGCUGGCGGCGCCGCAGGUGGCUGCCGGAGUGGCCGCGCCUCCUCUUCAGCCAGUCAGACUUGUUCCAGGAGCUGCCGUCGCUGGAGAGAAGCCCGAGACGGGAGGUCGGCCGCAGCCAAGGCGCGAGCAGGCCGCAACCCACACGCAGGUCAUGGGAAGCGAGAGGCUAAGUGAGUGCUGGAACGUCUGUCGCGGCCCGGAAUUGAACUGGGACUGCCAGGGGUUCACAGACCAUCUUUGCGCCGCGCCGCGGCUGCCGCGUCAAGAGGCCCAGCGCUCGGUGUCUAGGGCGGCGUCAGAGAGCGCGCGGAUUCAGACACCACCCAUCUCGGCGAAAAAACCGAUAGGUGCCCAUUCUCCUCCUCCUCCCGCCGUCCAGCUGCCUGUCGGCUCCUCUGCAGCUGGAUUGCUUUCGGUUCCGCUCAUCCGGAUUUCGGGCUCCGAAAACGCGUCGACUCUGUCUAGCACCAGAGGAGGGCCUCCGCCCGCCGACCGCCGAGGGCAGCCCUCGGAUCAGCCGCUUACCACGGCAACUAGCACGGAAGCGCCUCGUUCUUCCUUAAACUCCGAGGACAGAAAGAAGACGACGGUACGGCCCCUGCUCGUCGAGUCGACCACGACUGCGACUUCUAUGUUUUCCCGCGUCGAUGAGGGCUCUGACACCCAGUCCGUGAAAUUCACACCAAAAUGGGGCAUAGACACCCGCGACGAUAGAAGCAAUGCCGGGGGACAUCGGAUGAAUGCGGCAAGCAUGCUGGUUCCUCACGGCGUGACCCCUGGAGUACCAAGAGCGGAUUUCCCUGCAGCUUCGCCAGUUCUGGCGCGCCCGUCCACUCCCUCCGCGAUCUAUCCAGCUGCGCAUAGUCACAUGUUGCAACCCCAAGCUGCUACCGUCUCCACGAUUCCACUACGUGCACUAAGCCAAGCCCAAACAAUUCAGGGUCACAUACCGCGCGGAUUCGCUGCGGGUGGAGGCGGAGCCGUCCUUAGAAGCACCUCAAGACCACGAUACGUGUCUGGUAGCCACAGUCGAUGGCUGCCCGCCCGGAGUCUGAUUCAGUGCUACCCUGGCGGACUUGUGUCCCAUUGCUGUGGUGGUCGCCCACCGCUCUGA